AUGCCGAGUUGGAAGGCUUCUUCAAUGGCACGACCAAUACAGUCAACCUGCAGCCACAGACCAUGUCCUUCGGGAACGAGGAGCCAACUUCGGAGCCAAACACGCAGAAGGGGGGACGAGACUUCCGGCUUUCGUGCAGCGGUGCUAGCUGGUCUUCUAGGUAGUCGUCUCGCUGGGCUGCAAGGCAUCUUGAAAGCUAGCCUCGGUUCCGGAGAAGGGCCGCCAUCAUCUCUAGGAGCUGUCAAGGACAAGGCCAGCAAUUUUCUCUCCAUGGCUCAGCCCUGGCGAGACUUUGUGUGGCCGCUGUCAAUGCCCUCGGCCAAUGAGGGUUGCUCCCGGUUGUCGGCGAAUGUCUUCCACUUUCAGACCAACUAUGCCAUUUUGUUCGUGGCAGAGUUGGUCCUCUCGAUCUUGACGCAGCCCUCUGCACUGAUGUGCCUCAUGGUCACAGUGAUCACCUGGGUCCUGUUCUUGAAGAAGAAUGAAGAUCCAGAUUGGGCGCCCAAGAUUGGCGGAGUCGUCUUGUCACCCAUGCAGAGAUGGCUCCUGCUGUCCUUUGUCACUGCCAUAGUUCUUCUCCUGUGGGUGGGUGGUCCUAUCUUCAAUGCAGCCUUGAUGUACCUCAUGUUUUUCCUGGCGCACGGGCUUCUACAUGAGCCACCUGCCAGAGGGAUUCCAGGAGGAGAGCCCGUGCAAAUCUGA